AUGUCCAGGGCUGGGUUCAAAGGGGACCCCUUGCCCAUUGAUGACGUCAGCCCGGGCCUGGCUUCCGGCGCCAUUUUGCCCGGUGCCCGCCACGUGUCCGAGCGAGGCCGUGGCCAGCGGCCACAGUGCGCAGAGCCGAGGUCGCGUCCGUCCCCGGAGGAAGCCGCGGGGAUGGCCAGCCCAGCUCGGGCCCAGACCCCAGGCGAGCCCCCUCCGGGGUGCGCAGAACAGGGCCCUUCAGCGCCCGCAGCCCGCGCUGAGCCGUCCAGGCAGGGCACGGCCUCCCCUCGGGGGUCCGAGCCGCUGCCGACCAGCCCCGCCAGCCCAGGGCAGCGCCCCGAAGGCGCGUCCGUGGCGCCGCCGCCGGCAGCGGCGGCCACCCAGGGCUCCCCGGGAAAAGAGGGUUCGCUCGAGACCCCCAGCGUCUUCCCAUACCCCGAGUCCCAGGCCAGGCGGCGGCGGCGGCGGCGGCGGAUGCGCAAACACGCACAAAACCAAUUCCUGUACUGCCACUUCCCCAAGAAGCUUUGGAGGAUGGUCAGUAGCGACAGGUUCCAGUCCAUCCGCUGGGCCGAAGACGGCACGUGCAUCUGCAUCGACAAGCAGCUCUUCCAGCGCGAGGUCCUGGACAAGCAGGGUCCCGACCGCAUCUUCCACACGAGCAGCAUGAAGAACUUCGAGCGCCAGCUCAACCUGUACGGCUUCACCAGGGUGCGCGCCCAGACGCAGUCCUACACCUGCCUCCUCACGCCCGAGGCCAACGGGCGCUACAACUUCUCCAAGAUACACUACUAUAUUAACCCCUCAUUCAAGAGGGACAACCCGAACCUCCUGAAGCAGAUGCGGAGGAGGGUGAGGAGAAGCCGGAGGCUGUGCUUGGACUCUGCUUGGAACUACCAGAGCAGUUCCACAGCGGUGCCCCCUGCACAGGGACCCACACUCUACUGGCAGCAGCAUCUGCCAUCUGCCCCGCAGGGGCCGCCGGCGCCUCCCAUACACCCCCAAGGUGGCCCAGCUGCCGGCCUGCAGGAGCCCAACUCGGGACUGCCAGCUCCAGGCGCCGCCCAGCUGGACACUGCACACGAGUCCAGCCGACCCAUCGGCGGUGCCCACCCCGAAGCCACUGAGGCCUCCUCGCCCAGGGGCCAGGCCUUCACUGUGGUGGUCCCCCACCCUGUGAUAGUGAGGCCUGGCCAGGACCCCCUGUGGGCCGUCGGCCCCGUGAUUUCCAUGCAGAGCCUGGCUAACGGGCCUGAGCAGAACGUCACCGUCCUGGUGCCUGUCCCCGUGGUGCUGCCCGUCCUGCAGCUUCGUGUGCACCUGCUGCCUCCCCAAGCAGACCCCAGGCCCCUGUAGCUGCUCCAACCCCGUGCCCGGCCGCUGCCAUAUGGUUGCUCACUACCGCUGCACCUGCACCUUC